AACACAUAAAAGAAAUUCAAAUCACAGCGAAAAAAGAAGAAGCAGUCACGGCGGCGGAGACAGGAUGGCGACACGAGAGAGGACACACGGCACGAUGCAGCAAUACGGGAGAGGGCAAGAAACAACGGCGGCAGCAUGGGAUCGCGAGACAACAGGCGGCGGCGGCAGCAAGACAGGGACCGCGAGACAGCGACAGCGACUCACGAGAAUUACCGGCGAUUGCAUGACUUGCGAACAGACGCGCACCUCGCGAAAUCACACCUCCCGUCAGAGUUCCUCCGGCGGUUAUGACACUGUGGAGGCAGAGUGGCGACGGUCUAAACGGCGGAUGGUUGACACGGUGAGAGAGAAAGUGAUGUGGUGUCACGGUGCGGCAAUAAGAGGGAACGAUCGAGAGGCUCCUUAUUAGGCGUCUGAAUCCUGGAAAGCGAAGUAGUUCUUAGGUGUAUUUUGGUUUUUUGUUUGUAUAUAUGUAUAUAUGUAUUUAGCUUAUUCUCUAAGUAACUUGUGUAUGCUGCUCUUCUUAGAGGUUGAAGGAGAGUUAAAAAUUUACCUUAGUAUUUUGGUGUGUUUUGACUUUUGAG